UCUGGUAAAAGUAGUUGAUAGUAGUGCAAACACUUCGGGUCAACCUUACCGUGACAAUAAAAAAUUUUGAAGUACGUUGUAAAAGUGCAUCAUCUAAAAUCAGUCAAAGAUGACUUGUAAUAAAUUCAUCGUUGGAACAUUAACUUGUGGUAUUUGUAUUAUAUUACCAAUAUUUGCAAGUUCUAUAAAACCAUCAGAAAAUGUUGAUAGACAAAUGAAAAAAGCGGAGGAAACACUAACGUCAAUCAUCGAUGGAUUAAAUGAAAGAGGCUCGAUUCCAAUUUACGGGAAUAUGAUAAGUAUAGAAAAAGUAGCUGCCGAAACGAGAAUGAUUGAAGAUAAUCAAGAAGUAACAGAUCCUCUCAUAAAGAAAAUUGAUAAAUUUUUAAAUAGCCGCAAGUUGCAUAUAAAAUUUCCUAACGACGGUUCCUCGGCUGAUUAUUUCGGUAGAGCUUUGGGCGAAAAAAAUUUUAACUUCGAAUUCAAGGAACUUACAAGAGGUGCUUCUGAACCAAGAACCAAGCUGAAACGCAUAAUUCUUCCACUUCUGUUAGCACUAAAACUUAAAGCUAUAAUCAUUUUACCGAUUAUCAUUACUCUAAUCGGCCUCAUUGGCAUCAAGGGCCUCGGAGCUGGCGUUUUGGCUUUAUUACUUUCUGGAGCGGUAGCACUUAAAGCUUUGCUUACACCCUCAUUAUCGUAUCCUGCUCGUAUCAGUUUCGGCAAGCCUUACGACUACCACCACGACUUCUGGCAUCGCUCCCAAGAAGAUCUCAUUAAUCAGCCUUAUCGUGCCUGGACACCGGAGAUCGGUUUUGAUCCUCAGUACAACCCCUACCACGAAAUACCUUAAAGAGAGUUUAUGCAUUGAAAUUAUUAUUUCAAAGCGCGACUGAACAUUCAAUUCAUUUACAUAAUAAAAUAU